GCACAUGACGUACAGAUGUGUUCGAAUCUAUCCGGACGUGAUCGGACACACGGAAAAAGCCACGGUAACGAAAUGCAUCCGACUCAUGGCGCGUUAUAUGCCUUCCGCUUGUCCCUGAAUCAGGUAGCCGCUCCAACUUUCUACCGCAGGACUGCCGUGGACCGCAGCGCGACCAGAUCUGCAAUUUUCCUCGCGACCCUCGGCUUGUCCAUGAGCAUUUUCUCGUUGAAGCAGAUGCAGUCCUCGUCGGGCCGUCGUCUGCAGCGCGUUUAGAGAUCGCGAUUGCGACCGCAAUUAUACGAGCGACAAACAAAAUCACUUCAGCUCGGUCAAAAUUCGACAAAUCCCUCGGCCAUCCGCACAAUAUAUCUUGCGCGACAAUGUCAUCCUAAACUACGCUGUAGUUUCGAAUGUCAGCGACAAUGCCGACGAGAUUCCGAGGAGAAACAAUUUAGCAUAAGAGACAGUAAGCAAUAUGAUAUCUUGAAUUUGGCGAUUCCAGGAGAGCAAAGUGCAGUUCUGUGUUUAGGAAUAUCGCAUGGAAGAAGCGUGUGUGCUCUUCUCCUGACGCGAAUGGCGGAUUCUCGGAUGUUCCCGGGGUUCAUCGUGUCCCCGAUUUGUAGGCGCGUGCACAAGACUUCACGCUUUAGCCACAUUGAAUUCAGCACUUGGUACAGACGAGGGUAAAGCGGGCGCGAGUGGCAGCGCCCGGCGCGGCUGGAGAUCUACACGUGCGCUUCUUCGACUGAAGCGCCAACAGGUCUGAUUUCUUGUAGCACCAUUCUAGUCUUGGAAGCGUAAGUCGAGAAUUUCUGCAAUGCAGUUUCUACGAAAAGAUGCAGCCUUGUGAUCUAUGUCAUUUCACGAUUCGAAAAGAGCUUUCAUCGAUGAGCACAUAAGUUAUUCUUUUUCCUCGAUACAUUGAAACAAGAGAUCAGUUUUUUUUUUUAAGUAAUCAAAGUGGUAAGGAAAAAGAAACUGAAACGUUCUUGGCUAGUUUGUACAAUUAAUUAAUUAAUUAAAUUCUUUGGUUAUGGUCGCAAUAGUUGGAAUAUCAACUCUUUGAACAAUGCUCAAUUCUCUUUCAAAAUUUUCAUUAUAUCGCAUUGAUGACACGCGCGUCUCGAUGUGUUGCACUGUCCUUGACAUAAGUUAGAUAUUUCUCCUUUUAUUGUAACUGAGUCAAGCACAGUUAUUUCAUAACGUAAAAAGUAUUUGAUUGAUAAAUUAACAAGGUUCACGUGUGAAAGUUCUUCUCGAAGAGAUGGCAGACUGCGAACAGGCUCGUGCAAAAGAAACUCGUCGAACGGAAGUAUCUGCGAUACACACUAGCAAAAGUUAUAACCUUAGGUAGAAUUCAGUCGUAACGUAAAGUAAAGCUCAUCACUCGGAUAUCGUCGAUAACGUUCGCCUUUUCCACCAUUGGUAAAUGUCGCGCCGACCUGAUGUUGUUAGAGCUUAACGCAAAAGCGCUAUGUCGAUUGUAAACUGUAUUUGCGUUACCGUAGUCGCUCACAAAAAGAAAGAUUCUCACAAUACACACAAACGUGUUAUCGCGCGAGGCUUGAUUCAAAUCUUCGACUUCUCCUUUCAGUAUCAUUUCCGCUCUCCUGCUUGUCCUGCAUCUUUAACGUGUAAGAAAAAAAAUCUGUUCUAAAUUUCUCGCGAAUCGAUACUGUCCAUAAUCUUAGAGACGAUAGAACCCAUCGCAACGUAAUUGCUGCGCGAUGAGUGAACCCCGUCGUCAUUGUACAAGUCUAUACUUCGUAUGAUUGUAUUAUGAUUGUCAUCGGAGCGUUCUUGAAAUUGAUAACUGUUUCGAAUAAAAAUGUUAAAAUUCUA